GAAUUGUCAAGUACAAUAAAAGUGAAAAUAACACCAGUUUUUUAGAGUUUAUUGAAAAAUAUGGCAGCGGUACAACAGUGGAGGAAUUCAAGCCAGCAGAACUUGAUCCCGAGGAGCAAUUGUGUUUACUUGUUUCUACAAGCGGUACCACUGGAACACCUAAAUGUGCUGCGAUUACGCAUAAGAACGCUAUGUUCGGUAUCCCUUACAUUUGAAUUGAAAUGGGCGUCCAAAAGUGUAUGUACGAUGCAGUACAUUGGUAUAUGCAGAAACUCGCCUUGCAAAUUGUCGCUAAAUCUGGUAAACCGAGUGACCAGUAUCAUCUCGGGAAAAUGGUAUUGCACUGCCUUAAGGAAGAGCCAGACUUUAUCUUACAGAUAGAUGGCGCUACUGAUGAAAGCGAGACCUGUAAAUCAGCAUUAAAAAGAAGUGUUCAAUGUGCGGGUAGUCUGAGAAAGAUGGGAUUGAACGUCGGCGAUCAUAUAGUACUGAUGGCUCCUAAUCAUUUGGAUAUUUCAAUACCUUUUUACGCCGCUUUAUAUCUAGGACUCGGUAUUGGCUGCGUUGAUGUCGCUUUGACUGUCGGAGAACUUGAAGAUUUGUUUAAAUGUGAAAAGCCAAAAGUUAUAUUCUGUCAAAGCGAGAAAGCAGAGAAUGUUUCGAAUGCGUUAAAAGGAAUAAACUUAGACGCACGUAUAAUAACAUUUAACGAUAGUGGUGAUUAUACCACGUUUGCUAAAUUUAUUGAAGACAGCGAAGAAACUGUUGAGAGUUUUCGUCCGAAUGAGUUCGAUCCAGAAACGACCACAGCAUUUUUAAUAUGCACCAGUGGUACUACAGGAGUGUUCAAAGCUGCGAUCAUCACACACGCCAAUAUGGCGAUUUCAACGCCUUACUGGUGGUUACGAUACAAUACAUUUCCGAAACCAACUCGGAUGACACUGUUGACCUCACCCACGCAGUGGAUAACGGGUGUAAUUCUCAUACUCACCACACCGAUACUGAGGAUCACGAGAUUACAAACUUCACUGCCAGUCACAGUGGAACAUGCUUACCAUCUUAUCAAUACAUAUAAGCCUACAGAUAUCAAAAUGGGGGCGAAUAUGAUGAGUAGCUUGUUGAAGUCUGAACUAAGGGAAAGCUGUGACUUUUCUUGCUUGGAAUUGAUCAUGAUUGGGGGCAGCGCGGUAUCACAGACGUUGAUAGAUGAAAUCAAGACCGUCGUACCUAAUGUGGACGUUUGCAUUGGCUACGGCAUGAGUGAAAUCUCCGGUCUGUCGAUUAUUAACUACAAUUGUGUGCCAGGCGCGUGUGGGCAGCUCCUGAAUUGUAUCCAAGCAAGAUUGGUAAAUGUUGACACACAGGAAGAUAUUAACGAGCCGAAUGUUCCGGGAGAGUUGUGGUUAAAAGGUGCAACACUUUUUAAAGGAUAUUGCGAUAACAAAGCUUUGACAGAAGAAACGAUAUCAGAAGACGGCUGGUUGAAAACAGGAGAUAUUCUGUACAGAGAUGAAAGCUGGAACUUCUAUUUUGUUGAGCGUAUGAAAAUGUUGUUGAAAUACAGAAGUUAUCAGAUAUCCCCAUUGGAGAUAGAGAAUGUAAUACAAAAGCACCCGGGGGUACAUACAGUGGCAGUGACGGGCAUUGACCAUCCAAAUGACGGUGACUUGCCAGUUGCUUGUGUCGUUUUGCACAAAGGUUAUGACGUCACAGAGGAUGACAUCAAAAAAUUAGUUGAAGAAUCAGUAUCAGAUUCGAAGCAGUUGCGCGGCGGAGUUAUGUUUAUGGAGAAAUUGCCCUUAACAAUAUCGUCCAAAAUUAACAGAUCUAAGCUCAAAGAAAUGGUUUCAAAACUUGCUAAAGAAAAACAUUAAUGUUAUUUCUCAAGUUAUUAUAAUCUUAUUUCUUCUUAUUCAAUCUUUCUAAUAUUGUAAA